AUGCAAUUCUCUGUUGCUAUUAUCUCCCUGUUCGUGGCUCAUGUGGCUGCCGUUGCUACACCAGACCCAGCUCAAGUGGCCCGCCUUAGUACUUCUAUCCAGGUCCGAAAUGGUCAGGAGGUUGGCUUCAUCCCCGCGGUGUCUGCGGUUAAACGUGAUGGUGGUAGCAGUGACGGCUACCACAAUUUCUGCAACGGUCCUUGUACGGGCUGGUUCUGCACAGUUGGCGCUAACCCCCAAUGCUGCCUCACUGAUAACGGCUGUGGUUGCUGUUGGUUCAUGGAUGGCGCGGCCUACUUCGCUGAUACACGCCCGGCUGAUAAACAAUCCAAACAUGGUGGAAUUCUCGACGCGGGAUCUGUGAAAAAUCCCAGUGAUAAAGGUGCCCCGACCCGGCGGCCUCAGAGCCAAUAUAAGGUCGGUGGGUCGAAGUCGAAGGUUGGUUAA